CCGCAACCGUCCGCAUUUUGUUGUGCAACCAGGAAAGCUGCCCGAAAAGUAAUUACCGGUGUUUUUACAAAAUUCAAGUGUACAAAAAUCAGGUGAAAUAGAUCUUACCAACGGCGCUAGUUGCUCCACUACUCUUCCAAGACCAAAAGAACAGCUGUUUUCCCCAUUAAUAAACCUUAUGGGAGGUGGUCACCUGGAACGACUUCCUGUAAAAACCUGCAAAUCGUGAAGCAUCUGGAAUGCAACUAUUGUCUGGAAGCCAACAAGUUUGAUGCAUUGAAGUCAUUUGCGGAUAUUCCAAAUAGGGAAAAGUUGUCAAAUAUGUUGCUGCAGCAAUUCACCCGCGUAUUCCACACCACACGCAUAGCCUUAGCCGGUGGUGAAACGAGCGCAUUGGCAGCGCUUCGCAAGAAGACUGGAUAUACAUUUGCCAAUUGCAAGAAAGCGCUGGAGAUAUAUAAUAAUGAUAUAAAUUUGGCAGAGAAGUGGUUAAAUGAACAAGCCCAAAGUCUUGGUUGGUCAAAAGCCACAAAGCUCUCUGAACGUCCUACUGCUCAAGGUCUGGUAGGCGUACUUAUUCAUGGUAACAUCGGGGCCAUGGUAGAAGUGAACUGCGAGACCGAUUUUGUCGCACGAAACGAACAUUUCAAAAGUUUCGUAGAUCACGUUUCACGUAUUUGCGCCAAGUACACUGAAACCAAUGAUUUUGAUGGUGAUUUGUGGAAGCUUGGAUUCGAGGCAGAGGCGCUAAAGAACCUCCGCACGACGGAUGGCAAAACACUAGGUGAUCACUUGGCGUUACUUAUUGGCGCUGUCGGGGAAAACGCCUCAAUCAAGCGUGCGAUCUGUUUCAAAACCAGUAAUGACCUACAAUUGGCCGGUUACGCACAUCCAACUUCCACCAAUGUAGCUGCGUCUGAAAACACUACCCAAAUCGGUAAAUAUGGUACCAUAGUGGCCUUCCGUGGUGCUGGAUUAGAUGACGAGUUACAAAAAAAUCUUUGCCAGCAUAUUGUAGGGCUUAAUCCGGUGAAGAUUGGCGAGGAAGGAAAAGAUAAGCCAGUAGCCAACAAAGACGAUGAAACUUGUCUCAUACAUCAAGAGUACUUGCUCGAUCCCGAUCGCACAGUGGGAGAAGUUCUGAAAGAGAAUAACGUAGCAAUCAUCGAUUACCAACGAUAUGAAUGCGGCGAAGCGACCAAGAGUGAACGUUUGGAGCAAGUUAAAUUAAGUAAUUAAUGCAAAAGCUGCUGAUAUGAUUGUUUGUAUAACUCAGACAACACUCAAUUCAAAACCAAUUAAAAAUAGCAAUUCCGAAGAGUAAUAAAACCUUAUUUAUUUUAA